AUGUUCAAAGGACCAGUGCCUCCAAUUGUUCCAUUUUCCAUGGGAUCUCUUGGAUUCAUGACUACUUUCUACAGCGAACAAUACCGAGAAUGUCUCAAAGCAGUUUUAAGGGGUCCAAUAAGUAUUACAUUACGACACAGGUUGCAGUGUCACAUAAUCAGAGAUAAAGCAAGGCAUGACUACAAGACAGAGGAGAAUACGCUUGUUCUGAAUGAAGUCACCAUCGACCGUGGAAUAUCAUCUUACCUUACAACCCUUGAAUGUUACUGCGACAACUCAUUUGUCACAUGUGUGCAAGGCGACAAACUUAUACUAUCUACAACCUUUGGUAGCAACGCGUACUCGCUUGCAGCUGGAGGGUCAAUGAUCCAUCCACAGGUUCCUGGGAUAUUGUUCACACCAAUCUGUCCGCAUUCACUUUCUUUCUGGCCACUGAUAUUACUGGACCAUGUUACAGUGAGAGUUCAAGUGCCAUUCAACAGCAGAAGCUCUGCGUGGGUGUCGUUUGAUGGGAAAGGUAGGAAACAGCUUGAAGCAGGGGAUGUGCUAGUGUGUAGCAUUGCACCGUGGCCUGUAUCAACGGCUUGUCAGGUCGAAUCAACUCAUGAUUUUUUUACGCAGCAUCCAUGA